AUGGAUCCUUUUCUUCUUUCCAUCAUCUUAUGCUCGUGGAUCUUUGUUGUAGUGUCCUGGAAAAGGCUCAAUUGCAUGAGGCGAAGACUUCCACCUGGACCUCCAAGGUGGCCAAUCUUUGGGAACCUUCUCCAGUUGAGCCCUCUUCCCCACAAGGACUUUGCCCGAUUCUGCACCAAGUAUGGCCCCUUGGUUUAUCUUCGUCUUGGAACCAUUGAUGCCAUCACCACUGAUGACCCUGAAGUCAUCCGUGAAAUACUUAUCCGGCAAGAUGAGGUCUUUGCUUCACGACCUCGGACCUUGGCUGCUGUUCACCUUGCCUAUGGGUGCGGUGAUGUGGCCCUUGCUCCGCUGGGGCCCAACUGGAAGAGGAUGAGGAGGGUUUGCAUGGAGCACUUGCUGACAACCAAGCGGCUAGAAUCAUUUGCAGCUCACCGAGCUCUGGAGGCUGAGCACCUCUGUCAGUUUGUGUGGGCUAAAGCCCAGUCAGGGAAACCUGUGAAUCUUAGAGAGGUUCUCGGGGCCUUUUCGAUGAACAACGUGACAAGGAUGUUGCUAGGGAAACAAUACUUUGGGCUGCAGUCAGCAGGGCCUGGUGAAGCAAUGGAGUUCAUGCACAUCACCCAUGAACUGUUCUGGCUGCUAGGCCUGAUCUAUCUUGGGGACUACUUGCCGGCCUGGAGGUGGCUUGAUCCUUAUGGGUGCGAGAAGAAGAUGCGGGAGGUUGAGAAGAAGGUGGACGACUUCCACCAGAAGAUUAUUGAUGAGCACAGGAAGGCUAGGGAGGCCAAGAAGAGUGCAUCGCUUGAUGAUGAUAACAAAGAAGACCUGGACUUUGUUGAUGUGCUGCUUUCUUUGCCUGGUGAGAACGGAAAGGAGCACAUGGACGAUGUCGAGAUCAAAGCUUUGAUGCAGGACAUGAUUGCUGCUGCUACUGACACUUCAUCGGUGACCAACGAGUGGGUGAUGGCGGAGGUGAUCAAGAACCCCCGGGUGCUCCUCAAGAUCCAGGAGGAGCUCGACGCCGUCGUCGGCCGCGGCCGCAUGGUGGCGGAGUCCGACCUCGCCCAGCUCACCUACCUCCGGUGCGUCGUCCGCGAGUCCUUCCGGAUGCACCCGGCGGGGCCGUUCCUGAUCCCCCACGAGUCCCUGAAGCCGACGACGAUCAUGGGCUACGACAUCCCGGCGCAGACGAGGAUCUUCAUCAACACGCACGCGCUUGGCCGGAACACGCGCAUCUGGGACGACGUCGACGAGUUCCGGCCGGAGCGGCACCUGCCGGCGAGCACGGACGCCGCCGGCGCCGGCGGCCGCGUGGAGAUCAGCCACCUGCCGGACUUCAAGAUCCUCCCCUUCAGCGCCGGCAAGCGCAAGUGCCCCGGCGCACCGCUCGGCGUCAUCCUGGUGCUCAUGGCUCUCGCCAGGCUCUUCCACUGCUUCGACUGGUCGCCGCCGGACGGCCUCCGCCCCGACGACAUCGACACCCAGGAGGUGUACGGGAUGACGAUGCCCAAGGCCAAGCCUCUCGUCGCCGUCGCCAAGCCACGCCUGCCACCUCACAUGUACGCCCGCCAUGGCAAGCAAGUUUGAGCUAGGGAUGCUUAUUAACUUGAGUAACUAAAAGUGAAUUGUUUCUACAUGUGUCAAUCGAAUCAAAUCACACAUGUAGACAAUGGAUAUGAAUCCAAACGCGUAAUUUGGGAUA